GCACAUUUGCUAUAUCUCCAAUUAUACUUUCUCUUCUCUCUAUCUUUCAAUCCUUCCUCUUCUAGUCCGAGAAGACUUAUGGCUAGCAAAGCUCAUGAGUCAGGUUCGAGGCACCACGAGAGUCGACGUUCCUCUACUGAUUCCAGAUACCACGACAGACAACCUUCAUCAAAAUCUAGUCAUUCAAAGCAUCAUGAUAGUCAACAUUCCUCAAGAUCUGGUAGUUUAAAGCAUCAUGAGAGUCAACAUUCAUCAAGAUCUGAUACUUCCAGGCACCAUGUGACUCAACAUUCUUCAAGAUCUAACGGUUCAAAAGAGCAUCAUGAGAGUCAACAUUCAUCAAGAUCUAGCGCUUCGAGGCAUCAUGAAAGUCAACAUUCAUCAAGACUUGGUGGUUCAAAGCACUAUGAGAGUCAACAUUCAUCAAGACCUGAUAGUUCGAGACAUCAUGAGAGUCAAUAUUCAAGUCAACAUUCAUCGAGACCAGGUGGUUCCAGAUACCAUGAGAGUCAACAUUCAUCAAGGCACCAUGACAGUCAAUAUUCAUCCAUGAGGCAUCAUCAGGAGGGUCAAUAUAGUUCAAGAUAUCAUGAAAAUCAAAAUUCAUCAAGAGUUAGUAGUUCAAAGCAACAUCAAAAUCCGCAAUCGUCCUCGUUAAGUCGGCUACCAAUCCUUCCAUCCUCUUUUAGAUCAUACAGUUCAGUGCUACAAGGGAGCCAUAGCUCGUCCUCUUCUAUAAAAAAAGACUCGGUAAUUACGAAGAAACAGAUUGUUCUUCCCGACCGUUUCCAUGAACAUGCUUUAACGAUGAUGUCAGCCGCCAGAGAACCGUAUAGAUGCAGUGGAUGUAAGGAACAAGGGUUUGGACGAAGUUACCGAUGUGAAAACAAAGGUUGCAGGUAUGUCCUCCAUGAAGAAUGUGCAAACGCUGUUGUUCACCGUAAAAACCACGUAAGUCAUUCAUUUUUCGAAGGACAAGAAUUCUGGUUCCUAGAGAAACCCCUUGGGUAUCCUAGGGUUUGUGAUGCUUGUAGAAUGGACGUGCGAGGCUUUGUGUAUCAUCGCAAAGCUACAAAAGAUGUCUACGACACAGGCUUGGAUUUGCAUCCAUGUUGUUUGAAGCUAAGUCACAAGAUUCCUUAUAACGAUUCAAAUGCAACAAAGACACUCACAUUGCGAAGAAAUGUUGAGAAAAAGUGUGUCAAAUGCAAGAGUCGUAAAGUUGGGGACGAUAGCAAAGUUAAAGGGUGGUCAUAUUUAACUUCCGAUGGAGAUUGCUUUCAUGUUUCUUGUUUUAAGGAACUGUUUCUUGAGAAAAUCAGAGAUCAUUAUUUCUCGGAAAAGAAGAUUGUAGUGUCAAAAAUGCAGACCAACAUUGUUGAGAAUAAUACGAAAUUUGUCAAAGUUGGAGGAGGAUCAUCAAAUAAUUCAAAAGGAUCUUCAUCACUAGCUAAGAUAGUAGUGGUAAAGAUAGCACCAGUGGUACUCAAGUUAAUAUUUUCAGCUAUUUUUGGAGAUCCUGUUUCUUUUGUUCUUGCUCUAGUGGAAGCCCUAGCUACUUCUAUUAAUUAAUUUCAUUAUGCUCUUCUUUUUCUACCAGGGUGUUCACUUUUAUUUCGACUAGGCAAUAGAUUGUGUUUAUCUUUGUAUGUGAGUUUGGUGUGGUUGUAAUUCCUAUAAGAUCAAUAGUACAUUAGGAACUCAUGUAUCGUUUUCUUCUUCUUAAUAAUAGUGUGAUUGUUAAGAUUAUAAGAUGUGGAUCAAGUAAUAAGAUUGGAGAUAAAAAUUGUUUUGCAUGCAUCUAUUUUAGCUUCCUUAUGUUUUCUGCAUGCUGAUGCAGUAUCUAUAGUAAUCUGGUUCCCUUUUCUUUUUUUCGUACUUCUUUGAUGUAGCUUUUCUUUAUGUUUUAAGGAGGUUUCUCCCGUAAAGAUGCAUAAAACAUCUUUUUAUAAAGA